AUGAAGUCUAAUUCCAAGGAAUUCAGAUAUACUUUUGGAGACUAUUACUGUGACAUUUGUGAAGAAGAGAGAGAUCCACGACUUCGAGUUUAUUACUGUGGCCACUGCAAAUAUGUCGCUCACGUACAUUGUGUAAUCUCUGAGGUGAUGAAUGUAUUAAAAGGUGAUAUUAGAGAUGUGAAACUAAAAGUUUUGGGAGAAGAUGCUUGGGAUUUUCCUAAUAAAGACAUUGACUAUCCAACUACAUUAUCAUCUUUGGUCACCUUAAACGACUUAAUCCACAAAUUAUAUAGUUAUGAGCUAUACAUUUUGAAGUGGCAUUUUGACUGGAAUGAAGAAAAAGAAAAGAGUAAAAUCAUGAGUAAUGAUGAUGAUAAAGCUGAUGAGGUUCUAAAACUUUCUAGUUUUACAGAAUCUGAUUUCAUGAAGUUUAUGUUGGAUGAGUUUCAUUCUUUCUUUGGGAGAAGUAAGUUGAAAAUAAAAGGGAAUGAGGUAGCAUUGAAGAUUGUUGAUGUAAAGGGUCAUAUGGUACCUUUUAAUUUGGCCUCUGUUAUCAAAUACUUGCUUCACAAACAUGGAGAUAUUACUACCGACUCAAGACGUAGCCAAUACUUCAAAGGCAUUUGCUUUUACUUUGUAUGUAAAGUGAUGAAAGAGAUGCAUACUACUUUGGUCACUGACAUCACUAAACGUCUUCUUCAUCAAUGGUAUCAUUACAUAAGAUUUGUAAGAUAUUACACAGCCUUUGAGGUGGGUUUUUUGGAGGAAUCUCUAUGGAAGAUCACAAGAUAUUUCUAUUACCAACAAGUAAGUAAAGUGCUUGAGACUGAGUUCCCAAUGAAAAUAGAAAAGAAGAAGGCUGAGUUGUUGAAGAAGAUAGCUGAGUACGAUGCUGGACUUGAGAACUGCAAGAAACUCUACGAGUGUUCUAGAAAAAAGGGAACCCUAAAAGAAGGCUUGGAAAUGGAAAAUAAUUUCAGAUGGAAGUCGGCAAGGGAAAUUGGUUCAUUAAAAUAGAGACCAAUCUCAUUCUCAUCUCAUCAAAUAAAUAAAGAUCUCUGACACUUGAAAGAGAACAAAUGAAGAUUCAUAUAUAUGGGACUCGACAACUUUCUAAAUUAUUAUUAUUAUUAUUAUUUCUUUCUGAUUUGAAUGUUGUUGAAAAUUGAAAUAUAUAAUAACCUAUAAAUAAAUAUGUGUGUUGAUCAUGAACUUAUUUAUUUCAUCAUUAUAAAGUUUCUGGGGUUUGAUCU